AUGGCAGACAACAUUAAAGGCGCCCUGGACCUCACCCGCCAGGAGGCAAUGGCCAUCGCCGCCCUCGCCACAGCAGGAAUCUACAACGCCGUCGAAAUCUACGUCCUCAUCUUCAGCACCUUCCGCCAGCGCCGCGGCCGCUACUUCUGGAGCAUGAUCGUCGCCAACACGGGCAUCUUUGUUCACGCCAUCGUCUCGCUGAUCCGCUACCUCAGUCGCGGCGAAACCGUCGUCCCGGGCGCGUUCGCGCUGAUGGCUUGGUGCGCCAUGGUGACAGGUCAGUCUGUCGUGCUGUGGUCGCGGUUGCACCUCGUCGUGUACAACCGCACGUCGAUACGUCUCGUGCUGGCCAUGAUCGUCGCCAACGGGUGCGCGAUACAUAUCCCCAUGGCGGUGCUGUGGGUUCUGUGCUGGGCGACGCCGGCGGGGGAGCAGGGAGGUUGGAUUGAGCGGUACGGCGUGUAUGAAAAGGUGUCGAUUGUGGUGUUUACGCUGCAGGAGACGUUCAUCACGGGGAUAUUUGCGCGGCAAGGGUUUUUCAAUCUGAAGCCUCUGUUUGCGUUUAAGACGCGGGCGGCCAAGCUGAUAUCGUGGUAUUUGCUUGGUCUCUUCGUCCUCGUCUUCCUACUGGAUGUUGGGCUUAUCGUGCUCGAGUACACCAACAACUUUAUGUUCCAGACGACAAGCAAGCCCCUGGUCUACAGUAUCAAGCUCAAAGUCGAGUUCACGGUACUGAACAAGCUGCUCGCGUUUACAAAGAUGAACUCGUGCGAUUGCCACCAUUUGGAUGAUACGCCGGGCGGGUACACAAAGGGUCUCAUUACGCAGGACACCACAGGCACGACGAAGGGUUUGACGCCGGCACAGAGGGAGAUGAUGCAGGGUGGAGGGUCGAUGGUGUCGCCCGAGCCGGAUCGGCCGGAUCACAUAUUUGACGGUACGAGGCCGGUGUCCGUUGAGGAGAGGACGUGA